UUGUCAUUCGAUGCUGGGAUGUCUGUCUGGUUCCUGCUUGGCAGACAGAAGAAACUGCUAGUAACGAUACAAUAUUAGCAACAAUUUGAGUUAAAUAUUUAUAUAAUAUAUAAUAAACCACAAUCAAUAAAUAAAUAAAUACACGACAAUGUCAGAAUUUGAUGAGUUUGAGAAGCAGCUAAGCGAAAAUCGGCAGGAAAGAGAAAAUGAACGUCACAGAAAAAGAAGUCGGAGCAAAUCGCAAAGCCGCAGCGAGAAGCAUCGCAGUUGGAGCAAGGACAGGGGCAGUCGUAGCCGAGACAAAAAACGACACAGUCGGGAUCGGAAGAGUAAGAGCAGAGACAUACGGAGCAGGUCAAAGGAGCAGAAGAAACACAGUUACUCUCCACAAAGAUCCCAGAAGAAAAGAUCUUGUAAAUACUGGGAUGUUCCACCACCAGGUUUUGAACACGUCACACCGGUGCAGUACAAGGCUAUGCAAGCUGCAGGGCAGAUUCCCAGUGCAGCUCUGCUGACAAACUCCACAGUUAGCGGAGUAGCUGUCACCCCCACCCAGGUGCCGACAGUUGGCAGUCAGAUGACUCGACAGGCCAGACGACUCUAUGUGGGAAAUAUUCCUUUUGGUGUUACAGAGGAGUUAAUGGCUGAUUUCUUUAAUGCUCAAAUGCGUCUCGCUGGGUUAUCGCAGGCCCCCGGCAACCCGGUUCUUGCAGUACAGAUUAACCAGGAUAAAAACUUUGCUUUCCUUGAAUUCCGUUCAGUUGAUGAAACUACACAGGCCAUGGCGUUUGAUGGGAUAAUAUUCCAGCUUCAGUCUUUAAAGAUCCGGAGACCUCAUGACUACCAGCCUCUGCCAGGGAUUUCAGAACAACCCUCUCUUCAUGUCCCAGGUGUUGUCUCCACAGUUGUUCCAGAUUCUCCAAACAAGCUUUUCAUCGGUGGUUUACCUAAUUACCUCAAUGACGAUCAGGUAAAGGAACUUCUGACGUCAUUUGGUCCUCUUAAAGCAUUCAACCUGGUGAAGGACAGCGCAACAUCAUUGUCUAAAGGUUAUUCCUUUUGUGAAUAUGUUGAUGUCAGUGUUACUGACCAGGCAGUCGCAGGGCUGAAUGGCAUGCAGCUCGGAGACAAAAAACUAAUAGUACAGCGGGCAAGUGUGGGAGCUAAGAAUGCUAAUCCGAGUGCAAUCAUUCAGACCCUAGUGACUUUGCAAGUACCAGGCCUCCAGACUUUCCAAAACACAGGAAUGCCAACGGAAGUGCUCUGCCUGUUAAAUAUGGUAAUGCCUGAGGAGCUGGUGGAGGAUGAUGAAUAUGAAGAGAUUUUAGAAGAUAUUCGUGAAGAGUGCUGCAAAUAUGGAAGUGUCCGGUCUAUCGAAAUCCCACGCCCUGUCGAUGGUCUUGAAGUGCCAGGAUGCGGCAAGAUCUUUGUGGAGUUUGUUUCAGCAUCAGAAUGCCAGAAAGCCAUGCAAGCACUCACGGGCCGCAAAUUUGCCAACAGAGUGGUUGUUACAAAAUACUACGAUCCGGAUAUGUAUCACAGACGUGAAUUCUAAAUGCUGUGCUAGGUGUGCAGUAGGUCCCCAUCCUUUACUAAAGCACACAAUUUAAUAAGUUUAGAACCUUCCUACAGUGUACUUUCAUGAUAGUACUAUUUAAAAAAAAAAUAAAUAAAAAAAAUUGUAAUAAUAAUUGAAUCCAUUCAUGUGCUGUGAGUGACUUGUAACGAAAUGGUUUUAAUUCAACACUUUGGUGGCAACAUUACCCCACCUGUCAUAGGUUUAUCAUGCGUCUCAGAUUGGUAAAGAAAUGCGUUCACGUUAUUCCUUUUAAAGGCAUCAACUUGCAUAGCCCAUAUGAUUUUCUUUUUACAUCUACUGUACAUGUAUCUGUACACCUUUCAAAAUUUGACCACAGGCAGCCAGGAAUUAAAGCUUCUUAAAAUUGUGGCUACGCUCAAAAUGAAAGGACUAUUUAAGCUAUGUAGCAUGACAAGGGGUGUGGAUAUAACCCUUCAGUGACUUCAACCUUGUCAUGACCUAUUUCAUUGUUUAAUUUUUUUGGUUUUCUUGUUUAUGUAUUACAGUAAUUUUAUCCAGGAGGCGGAAAAAAAAAUCUUUAAGGUUAAAAAAUGCGGUUAAACGAAUGCAAUAAAAGAGCUUCUUAUUAAUACUAUUAAUUUAUUUUUAAAAACAGUUCCUCUGUACCUAAUUUCCACUGUUGGCGGUUCUCUUUAGUCAUUCAAACUGGGCCUCAGUUCUUAUCGUCUAGGUCCUUCAAUAACUGGUGUAUCAUAUAGAGGAUGACCUUGUUCAAGCUUCUGUUUGAGACUUAAUAAUAACUUUCUAGCAGCGUUUUUAUCAGGAGACGUUUGAUAAGUCAUAAUAAUAGUACAUUAGACCAAAUAAAAAGGCAGUUGGAUAAUUAGACCAAAUAAGCAGGAGGUUGACAGUUAGAUUAGGUAAUUUAAGCAUAACUUAAACAAGACUGUAUAGCCUCCAACCAAACAGAACAGCCUUGAAUGAAGCUGACAGGGAGAGUGAAACAUACCCAGCAAUUGCCUGAGAGUGAGGAUUUGCUGCAUGCUGUGUGUAAAGGAGUGCGGAGCACACAGUUAAGCUUGAAGGGAAUGUAUGUAUCACGAGGAGAAUUCAUUUGAGAUGCUAUUAUUAUGGGGAUGCCACUGCAUAACCACAAACCCUCCCAUAGCAACUUUCAGGAAUUUAAAAAAGGGAGUGGCGUUGGGAUGGGAUUCAUUGUUUUAUGUAAUUAGGCAUGCUCAUUCAGACAUCCUGCCUGGAAAAUGAAAGCCCUUUUAUAAUUUUGAAUGAAUAAUUUCCAUUAAUGGAUGGUACAGCGGCUUUAUCAUUUCGUGACAUAAUAUCAAUAUUUGAUUGUGAGUGCAGGUUUGACAAGCUUUAAAAAAAACAUGGAAUUGCCAAGCCACUGUUAAAUGAUCACACAUUUAUAUCAACAUUUCUGGAAUGUAAGCAAAGAUUUGAGUUAUCGUUUUCCAUUGCAACACACAAUGUAAAAUGUUAAUUAAGGGUUUCGAUUUAUUUUGUUGCAACACAUGGUGAAAUAUUGUUAACCCAUUUGUUCUCAAAUCAUAGAAGUGACGAGACAAAAUGAUUUCAUAGGGUUUGCCAUGAGAAUGUUUGUUUAAAACCUUUUAUAAAGUUUAGAAUUACAAAAUGGUAAAAAGCUGCAGCAGUGGUGGUUUGACGUAGUUGGCAAUGUGAACAAAGUGGUAUUUAUUUUGCUGUUUUUUAGGAACUAGGGGUCAAGCCUUAUUCUUGAGGGCUGUUUAUGUUGAAUGCUCCUGUAUGUGUUCACUGUCACAUCCUCAUGAUUUUCUGUAUCUGGGUCUCCAUUUCACCAACUUUAAACUUACUUGUAUCACCCUUUUGAGACUGUGUUGGGGUGACCUUGAACCUUAUAUCCAAUGUGGCAGUUUUACAGUGUUUCCCAAACAGUGAAUGGAUAUCUGUCAAUAUUUAGUUUUAUUAUAUAAAUGUUUGAGUUUUGAUCAACAAAAUAGCCAGCUGGAAGCUUUUUGUUUGUUAUUUCAUUUACAUUUUAAAUUAAAUUCUGUUCAUGGUUACUUUUAAAAGUUGAA